CAGCCUCAGUGUGUUAAACGUAAGGUGGAUGACCUCUCAGAGUCGUAGACGGCGUCACAGUGUUUUAUGUUAUCUACCUGGUGUUUUUAUUGUUGCCCGUCCCUCUCCAGUCCCAGUAGGUCAAUUGGUGAAUGAUUUACAGGACUAGGAUGAGCCCAGUAUAUAUUUACCGUACAGGAGGAAGUGAACCCAGACUUCUGUUUCUACUGGGCUCGUUAAUAUCAGACGAGUAAGACCAUCAUCACCACAUCGGACCAGACAUAUCCAGCUCUACACCAGUUAUCAACUCUGGACAGACCAUCAAGUGAGCAGCUGUGGAGGAGAGACGAGGUGGAGACGGAGAAGAAGGGGGAGGAGACGGAGGCUUCAUACAAAGCAGACCCCCUGUAGACCAUGACCGCAGGCCGCCCCGCGCCCCUGUCCUGAUGCAGCCCCCGGUCCACGCCCAGCUGGCGGCGUUGUGCCUCAGCCUGGUGAGCUGGACGCUGGGCGUGGCCUCUCUGGGCGUGGUGGAGUGGAGGGCGUGGCACGUGGAGGACCGCAGCGUCGUCACGUCGGGCGUGGCCGCGGUGGGCGUGUGGCGGACCUGCUUCCACAGCCAUGUGCUCGUCAGCCCCGGGCUGAGGGUCAUGUUCUGCCGUGGGAUGGGCGUGGCCGAGGACUUCCUGCCCGAUGAGAUCACGGCGGUGCAGGUGGUGGUCCCGCUGGGCCUGGCGGUUGGGCUGGGGGGCAACGCCGCCGCCGUGGCCGCCCUGAGGGGGGUCUACGUCGGGCGGGGCUGGGGCGGGGCCCGGGCCUUCCUCUGGGCAGGGUGGCUCUGCGCGCUGUCGGCCCUGCUGUCCCUGGGGCCCCUGGCCUGGAACCUGCACUCCAUGCUGGGGAACCAAACCAUCGCCUUCCCCCUCGAGUUCCACCUGCCGACCAAGCCCGUCCGGCAGAGCCCCGGGGUGGGGGUCAUCGUGGCGACGGCGGCCGCGGUGCUGAUGCUGAUCAGCGGCAUCAUGUUCCUCUGCUAUCGGCCCCCCCCGGCCCCCGCGGGCCCCACGGCGGGACCUCGAGGCGGCGCCCUGUUGGAGGCGGGGCUAGACACCCUCCGUCUGAGGGGGUUCAGCGCCGCCACAGGGAAAGACAACGCCGGCUUUGAGCCUCACACACGCCUCUGAGACACUUAACUUAACUAAGGGGGUUCCAAAGACACUUAACUUAACUAAGGUGGUUCCCAAGGCACUUACCUUGACUAAGGUGGUUCCCAAGACACUUAACUUAAAUAAGGUGGUUUCCAAGACACUUAACUUAAAUAAGACAACGCCGGCUUUGAGCCUCACGAACAACUCUGAGACACUUAACUUAACUCAGGUGGUGCCCAAGGCACUUAGCUUAAAUAAGGUGGUUCCCAAGACACUUAACUUAACUAUGGAGGUGCCCAAGACACUUAACUUAUAAGAUGGUACCCAAGGCACUUAACUUAACUAUGGAGGUGCCCAAGACACUUAACUAUGGAGGUGCCCAAGACACUUAACUUAACUAAGGUGGUUCCCAAGACACUUAACUUAAAUAAGGUGGUUCCCAAGACACUUAACUUAACUAUGGAGGUGCCCAAGACACUUAACUUAACUAUGGAGGUGCCCAAGACACUUAACUUAACUUUGGUGGUUCUCAAGACACUUAACUUAAAUAUGACCACGCUGGCUUUGAGCCUCACCAACGCCUCUGAGACACUUAAAUGAUGACGUUCCCUCAGAGGGCUGCUGGCUCCAGGUCUUUAUUCUUAACAUUUACAUUUGGGGUGAGAGGGGCGGCUGUGCUGAGUCCAGGGGAACUCUGAACUCGAGUGUGUCUUGAGUCUAACCGAAGCUAAAGGCGUGAAUGCAAACCUUUUAAUGCAGUCCUUUGUUUCGGAGAGAAUACGGACAGAGUUCCACCUACCUCAGGGAAGCCCGAAGGUCUCAGUGAUAGAUGGAGACCUGUGAGACCUCAUCCUAUAUCACAUUCUAUCCACCCUAUGAGCGGUUAAUGAGGGUCAGAUGAUCAGAUGAAUGGGUGAAUUCAUGUGUUCACAGUACAUCGUUGUCCUGCUCGCCUCCCACCUUAGCCUUGCUAUCUUAAAUCAGAGACCCUCCUCUUCUCAGCGCCACCGAGCCAUACCGCAUACCUCCCUCCUGCCCCCCCCCCCCGGGUGACGGAGCCCCCAGGGGCCCGCCCGGCCCCUCCGGGUUCAGCCGCCGCUGCCGCCGCGCCGCGGGCUAUGAUUAGCUUCCUUGUUUGGCUAACAGAAUGUUCUGUCUCCGCAUGGAAGUCACAUGCCCCCCCCCUCCCCAGUUGCUGCUUAGCAUACAAUGGGCCCCGGGGCCUCUGAUGUGGACCCCCGCUGGCCGCUGAUAGAGAGCCCCCACGGAGACAUAAUGACCGCAUUGUAGUGAGGGCCACAAUGGAGGCUUUCACCACCAACAAGGUGGGGGGGGUGAGUGUCAUCGAUCAGGAAACAUGAUGGACAUUAACGUGUAAACAUUAUGGACAUUAACGUGUAAACAUGAUGGACAUUAACGUGUAAACAUGAUGGACAUUAACGUGUAAACAUUAUGGACAUUAACGUUUAAACAUGAUGGACAUUAAAAUUUAAACAUGAUGUACAUUAACAUUUAGAUUUAGGGUGUUUACCAGAUGCUUUUACCCAGAGGGACUCACAAUAAGAACAUUAGUCAGAAGAAGAGAAACAACGAUGUAUCUCUGUGGGUACAGUAAGGAUGUUUAAAGAACCAAGUGCCAAGCACUAACAAUCACUAGGUUAACCCAUUCCUGUAUACAACACAGAUAGGAUAAGACGCUACACAACUAAGUACUGUUUUUAGUGGUGGUGGGUAGUG